AUGGGUCGUAGAAAGAUUGAAAUUCAGCCCAUCACACACGAGCGGAAUCGCAGUGUUACAUUCCUCAAGCGCAAGAAUGGUCUCUUCAAAAAGGCAUACGAACUCGGCGUGCUCUGCUCCGUCGACGUCGCUAUCAUCAUCUUCAAUCCAGCUGGAACCAGCAACAAGCUAUUCGAAUUCACGUCGACCGAUCUUGACGGCCUAAUCCGUCGGAGAGCCGAUUUUACAGGCGAGCGGGAUACCAAGACGAGCUACGACUUUAACGCUCCCGGUGGAGCGCGUAAAGCAAACGGUGCCGGCGGCAUGCCGUUUGCCUCCAACGAUGGUCGUGGUGGUGGAGAUUCAGACGACGACGACGAUGAAGGAGACGAGGACGAUGGCGACUCUUUCAUUCCCGGACAGCUCGGCACUAGCGCCAAGAUGCUUGCGCCAACAGGAGGGAAUAAGAGAACCUCUAGCCGCGCUGCAGCCGUCGCAGCCACAGCCUCUCUCAAGUCGCGUCAUCAUUCAAAUGGCAGACGGUCAGACGUCGACGACUUUGACGACGGUACAACAACCGCGGGCCCACAAAAUGUUGCCCAGACGCCCACUUCCGACGACGAGCUGCAUCCAAAUUCACGCAAUCGACCGAAUGGACGUCGCAGUGUGAACGCACCAAUGGAUGGUCAAAGGAAUGACCGUGACACGCCUACGGACAUAUGGAAGAGCGACUCUUGGAACCGCGGGUCCCAAGGUCAACCGACCAUGUCUGCGCAAGAACUCUUCCUUGCCGCCGCUGCUGCCGCUGCCGCUGCCAACAGUAACAACUCGAAUUCCAACGCCAGCGGCUCUGGUGGAGCGGGCAGCGGACUACCCUUCCCUCUUAGCCAGCUCACACCCCAGCAACUCGCAGCAUUAACACCUCAGCAGCUCUCUGCUCUUGCAUCAUCUGCUGUAAACCAACAACAACAGCAACAGCAGCAAUCAGGAGGGUAUGGCAAUAGUUUCGGCAAUGGAUACUCCUCGCGAGAUCACGACUCUCGUACAAACUCGAGCUCAAACUCAUAUGGUGGGGCAUUGAACCAUCUCAAUCUCAACCUUGGUGCAAGCGCAAGUGUUGGUUCAUUUUCAGCGUCCAACUCGUACACCAGUUCGUUAUCACCAUCUCUCCCUCCGCUUCACCAAUCACAUCAGCAACACCAACACUCUUCGUUACCGUCUGGUCGACUCGGCACGUUGAACCUCAACCUGUCUGGCUUGAACACCCUCGCCGGUCUCGGUAGCCUCGGUAAUCUUGGGGGAUCAAAUCCUCUUAGCGGACUGCAACUCGGGGGACUCAACUUGAACUUGAAUGCAGCACUCGGAGGACUAGGUCUGCUCGGAGGUGCAUCGGGUGCUCCGAACAAUUCGAUGCGAGACUUUGGGCCCAAUAGUUCCAGUGCCCUUCGAGACCUCGGCACGUUACGCGACCUUGGAUCCUUUUCGUCGAACAGUGGCGGUGGAGCAAAUGGCAUGAUCGGUACGCCCAUUCGAAAGAUGAACAGUUCGACUGUCCGGUCUCAGAAUGAUCCAUCCACUUCCAAUGUAGGCGGAGGAGACGAAGGGUCCUGGUUGGAUUUCCUCAGUCUGCCGACGAAUACCAACGCCGUGCACAGCAGUCGCAUGGCGGACACUGUUCAUUCGAGUAGCGGAAACCUCGAGCGUGAGAGCUCCUUGCGCUCGAAUGGACUCGGUAUCACAGUCGACGAUGAAGAGCGUCGAAGUGCCGGUGCAUCCCAGCUCGACUUUUUGUUCGGUGCUGGUGAGAUGGCUAGUGGGACUGGGCCUGGACGACAACAUUUCUCGAGCUCGGCCUCGAAUCAUACUUCUAUCUCAAAAGACGUUUCGUACGCGUCGGGCGUCGCAAGUGGUGGCGGCUAUGGUAUGUCCAUGGCGGACGACGACGACGAACGAGACCGAGAACGGGAACGAGACCGCGAGCGAGAGCGGGAUCGUGAGCGAGGUGGAUUAAAGCCGCAGAGUGCGCGGGAUGGGAUGGAGGUGGAAAGGCAUUCUACGGGUAUGUCCGCAACGCCCCCUCCGCGCAGUACGAGCGCUAGCAAUGCCAGUGCGGUUGGUGAAGAAGGUGACGAGGAACAUGUCCGCAAGCGGCAACGACGCGAGUAA